AACGGUGGCAUCAAAACCCGGGAAUAGAAACCCCUGUCUUCUCUACAGCCAAUGGCGAUCCGCCACGUCUACGACUCGCACCUUGCAUUUCUGCUUCCUCGGGAAGCUGGAGCAGUUAUUUGUACUAUUGUUUAAUUUUGUUUUCUUUGUCUUCUACUUUGUUUAUCGCUUCCCAAUCUUCUGCUUCUUCUUCUCGAUCCUUUCGACGAAGCGAUUCUGGUUUGCUCGAACGAUCGGGUCUAGUGGGAAAGGUUCGUCAUAAAGGUUUGAUUACAGUUCCAGGUCACCAAUCUUUUCUUGAAGACAUUCCAAUGGAUGACUUCGAUACCUACAGUCAAUCUUCAAAAUGGUCCGAUGGAAAUGCCUCUUCAAGGGCACAAUGGAAUGGUUCAGGAAUAUCUCCGACAAAUGGCUUGCUUGCUAAUUCAGUGGAAGAAUACAAAGAGAUGAACGUCCAAGGGCAUGAUGGGACACCUAGCAUAUUUGCAGAUGGAAGUAUGAAGUAUGAGAUCCUCGAUAAUCUAUAUCCAACUGGAAGGUUACCAGAUCAGGAAUUACACCAUCAAUUCUCAAACUCAGUCUUAAUGAACAAUGGCGCACAAGUUGGAAGUUUCUCAGAACCAGGGAUCACUGUUAAUACUACAGCAACUACAUCAUUUCAAUCGUCAUUGCCUCUUAGUACAUUGGUCAUAUCUAGUUCCAUAGAGAGCAACAAUAGUGAAUUGUCUCUAUUUCCAGAUUCUCUUGGAGAAGCUCAUUCAAUUACUUCAGUACCAACAAUAUGGCCUUCGAUGUACUCAAGUGUCUCUUCGAUCUUCGAACAGGAAAACAUGCCAGCUUUUAGCUAUCAAGGGAAUGAAAACAAUGAUGAUAUGUUGAGAAAAAUGAGCUUCGAUAAUAGGAGUUCUUUUCUUGGCAGAUUGCCUGAUGCAUCCUUGCCGGUUAAAGAUCGAAAUGACCUACAUGAUCUUUCUUUCUCAGUUGGGCAACAGGUAAAUUUGGUUGCCGGUGCCUUUCAGCCACAAAAGGAGCAAAAUGGACUGCAUUCUUCUUUUCCUCCUGAGCCAUAUAUGAUGGCAUUAAAAAAGACAGCACAAAUAUCUAACACGCUGCAGACACUGCCAUCUGAAGGACACACUACCAGCCAGAUAAACAGUUCUACUCAAUCUCAAGUUAUUCCAGCAAAUGGCAUUGGUUGCAAUGGUGCUGCAAAGCCACGUGUUAGAGCUCGACGUGGCCAAGCGACUGAUCCUCAUAGUAUUGCAGAACGACUCCGGAGAGAAAAGAUUGCAGAAAGGAUGAAAAAUCUACAAGAGCUUGUUCCCAAUUCAAAUAAGAGUGACAAGGCAUCAAUGUUGGAUGAUAUCAUUGACUAUGUCAAAUUCUUGCAACUCCAAGUCAAGGUUCUAAGCAUGAGCCGGUUGGGUGCAACAGGAGCAGUUGUUCCCCUUCUGACUGAUACUCAAACUCAGGGCUCCAGCAGUCUUCUCCUAUCAUCCUCUGAAGGGCAAGGUGGUGCAGACAUCUCAGGAUUAGACGACAGCAUAGCCUUCGAGCAGGAAGUUGUGAAGCUCAUGGAAACUAAUGUCACCAGUGCGAUGCAGCUCCUUCAGAACAAAGGACUCUGCCUCCUGCCAGUAGGUCUAGCCACUGCAAUCUCAACCAACAAGGGCACCUCCACUGCCGUAUCACCUGACACUCGAAAACUGAUGAUAAGGCACAGUUCCACAGUCAGUGGGUGUGAUGGAACCUUGGUUAAAGAAGAAGCUCACCAAUUGGAUGAUAAAGCAAGAUUGUCAGAUUGCAAGCCUAAUUAACUGGCUGAUAUGCCAUGCUAUUUCCCCCCCUUCUUUUUUAUCAGAUUAAUUUUAGUAGAGAUUCAGUCUUCUAAUAUGUUAGCUUUUUGUUUGAAUAUGUAUACUACAAGAAAAGAUGUAGUACCUAAGCUGAAGAUGUAGUACCUAAGCUUGUCAGUUUUGUAUGUAUUUUUGGUUUGAAGUAUGCAAUUAAGAUUUUGGAUUUGAGAAA